AUGAAUAAAACCUGUGCUCGCUGCCAAAAGGUGGUUUAUCCCAUUGAGGAACUUAAGUGUCUGGAUAAGCUGGAAUAUCGCAAUGAUCCGGGGCGUUUUUUCGGCGAUGGCGUGCAAUUCAAAGCCAAACUUAUUGGCAUUUUGGAGGUGGGCGAGGCACGUGGCGAUCGCAUGUGUCAAGAGGCCUUACAAGAUCUAAAAAUGGCUAUACGAGCAGCCGGUGAACACAAGCAACGCAUAACCAUACAUGUAACCAUUGAUGGUUUACGACUGAGAGAUGAGAAAACCGGUGAUUCUCUAUAUCAUCAUCCUGUACAUAAGAUCUCAUUUAUAGCACAAGAUAUGACAGAUUCGCGUGCAUUUGGUUAUAUCUUUGGGUCACCUGAUAGUGGCCAUCGUUUCUUUGGCAUAAAAACUGAUAAGGCUGCUUCACAAGUGGUGCUAGCAAUGCGUGAUCUUUUCCAGGUAGUAUUUGAAUUGAAGAAAAAAGAAAUUGAAUUGGCCCGUCAACAGAUACAAUCGAAAUCGUUGCAUCACCAUGAUACACAACAUCAGUUGUCCUCACUAUCGUCACUGAAGAGUGCAGCAGCCGGAACAGGGGGACAAAAUGAUUUAUCGGCUUUAGGAGGUUCAACAACAUCGGCUGCUACACUUAGCAUGUUGAAUACCAUGGUUAGUAGUUCAACAAAUACACCAAAUACCAGUCGUUUGGGUGUUAAUUUGGAUUCUAAGGGAGCUUCCAAAGAGAUUUCUCCCGAAUCGGUGGCUGAUUUGGUUGACUUAGAACAAGAGCUUAGUUCUUUGCAAAGAGGUAUUACACAAAUGGAACGUAUUACACCAAAUGAUGCUCAUACAACACAAACAUCCUCAUUGACCUCUAACGCUGCUAAAACCAGCACUGCUAUAGGUGGUAGUGGUGGUGGUGCUGGCGGUAGUGAUGAUCCUUUUGGUGAUUCCUUUACUAGCUUUCCGACCUUACCACCUCCCGAGCCGGGACGUUUGCGUAGUAAAACUACCACUAAACCUAAUGACAUAAACAUCACAAACAUACCUACCACCACAGCUGGUAAUUCCUCUUUACUUUCACCUACUGCUACGCAAUCACGUCUAACACCCGUCUCUGCUGGUCUUACUACGACAACAGUUAAUUUACAGCCCCUAGACGAUGAUGACGACCAUUGGCUACGUGAACUAGAUGCCCACAGUGACGUCUUUGAUACCUCAAAAACAGUAGUGCCCGGAUUAAUGGGCAUGCCGCCUUUAGCCAGUACUUUAUCUAGUGCCGUACCUCUGGCUUCACGUGCUCCUCUGGCCGCCCGAGAAUCAUCCGAUACACCACCCAAUCAUAUUUAUGAGACAGUAUCUUGUUCCGCCAAUAACGUGCCAAACGAUAUGGCCGAACUUUCAAGUAUUAGCAAUAAUGUAACCAACAACAAUGCAGCUGAAAUAAACAACACAAAUAAUUUAGCCAAUAGUUCUAGUCUCUCCGAUAUAUUUCAAACGGCUGCUGCAGAGUCAGCACAAAAUUCUAAACUGGAUAUUAAAUCGGGUAAGUUGUUAAGUUAUGUGGAUAAGAAAUACUUUUUUCAAGAGCUUAAAAAUCCACCUAAAAAAGUACUCAAAGAUUUAACGACAAAUAAUCAAACAGCAACCACUGCUACCGCUACAGCAGCUUCCCUAAUGAUGGCUACAAAUGCAGCGCCGACCAUGACGACAGUUAACAAUUUAAUGCCGGAAAAUCUUACAAAUAAAUGUAUUACAACUACAGUUAUGGCAACCGAGGACAUUUUAAAUUUAGGCGAUUUUGAUUUGCAAACAAUACAAUAUCAGCAACAGCAACUAUAUCAGCAACAACAACAACAACAACAGCAAUCAUAUAAAGUGACAAGUGCCGCAAAUAACUCCUCCUCUAUAACUGCUACCACUUUAAAUACUUUACUAACAAACACAACAGCAGCAAUAAUACCAACUGCAACCAUAUUAACAACAACAGCCAAUAACAUAAUUAACCUGGCAACAACAGGUACUAACUCUACUAAUACUACUACUAUUACUUCAAACCCUUCUACUGCUAGUAAUAGUAAACAAAUUGCAACUUAUUCUACUAACUUUACUACUACUGCUAAUAAUUAUAAUAAUAGAAUUGCUAUUACCUCAUCUGUCACUAGCACUGCUAACAAAACUAGCUAUAAUAGUCAUGCCUCUUUAGCAGUCACUGCUAAUAGCACCUCCACUACUACCGCCACUGCUACAGCCACCAACAUUAACACCACAAAUACAAUUUGUGUCACAAAUAGUUUAAAUGUAAAUGUAUCUAAUAUUAAGAAUAACAUUAUUGCUUCUUCUUCCUCUUGUGCUUCUGCCAACACUAGCACUUCUAAUAUUUCUGCUUUUACUCGUACAGCAACUUCUUUAAUAUGCACUUGUCCCACCUCCAUAAUUGUAACAUCAUGUACAACAACUAAUGCAUCAACUUAUACUAAAAAAUAUACUACUACCACUACUACUAAUAUCAUUACUAAUAACAAUAACAAUAAUAAUAAGAUUAACAGUAAUAUUCCUAACCUUAGUAACAAUAGUAAUACAAUUAACAACAGCAAUAAGAAUAGAAAUACAACUAGUAGUAAUAGUCUCUUACUAACAACUAAUCAUCAAUCGAAACCAUCAUUAUCAUCAGCAUCAUCUAAAGCAAUGCCAAUACCCAUGUACAUGCCUCCGAGUAUGGCCAUGAAUAUGGGUAGUUCUGGUAAAGGUGGUGGUAGUGGUGGUGCUAGUGGUUGUGUUGGUGCUAGUGGUCAAGAUCAUCAUCAGCGUGUCUUAGUAGCGUUUCAAAAUCCAGCUAUUGCUCCUUUGCAAACUAAUGCUUGUUCAUCCUUAUCAAUAAUAACAACAAACAAAUCAUCAUUAUCAUCAUUAACUUUCACCACCACUACCACCACGACCAACACAACAAUAACAACAACUACUACAACAACAACAUCAUCAACAACAACUACUCAGAAUUCAACUGCUAUGAAUCAAACUAAUCAAACAUUACGUUUUUCUCGCUAUCAUCCUCCUCUAGAACCAGUUGCCGUUACCACUGCUGCUGCCAGCGACGCCGAUCCCGUAAUGUUGCCUCGUGACACUGAUCCUUUUUCGCCCACACGCAAGAAAAGUGAUCCCUUCGAAGAAGGUGGUGAUUUAUUUUCAAAAUUGGAUCCUUUUGAAUUCGAAUUCAGCAGUAAUAUUGCCGAAGUGGAUAAUCUAAGAAAAGCUCCCACUUCCCUAACAACCUCAGUAACAGACCAGUUGGCGGCGGUUAGUAGUGUUGCUCCUUCUGCUACACAAGAUCUAUUGGCUGGACAUUUGCAAGUAAAUUUACCUCCUGAGGGAGAUACAACUCAAACCACUAGUACGGUAAGAUCACGUCCAGUACCCUCUGCUAUGACAACUGCCUCAAGUGGUGUGGGACUAGGGCCGGGAUCAGGGCCAACGGCAUUACCUCCUGCUUCUAUGUUAAAACAGCAAACAGUCGAUGUGAUUUCCAGCAUAUCGAAUAAGAAAAUGCCGCAUUUAUUUGGACAAUCGUCAAGAUUUUCCAAACGGGAUUCGAAUUCCAUUAAUAUGAGACGUCUACAGGAGUCUGAUUCACUUAGUGAAACUGAAACCGCUCCUGAACCACCACCUAGACCCGAUUAUGGCAUAUGUGUUGAACCUCCUCCUCUGCCGCCUAAAAAGCAGUUCAACGAUUUUGUAAUUAGAUCGCGUAAUGGACCCAGUCACAGCAUAAAUUCUACAGCCGGAAAUCAAUCAAUAAACAGCAAUCGUUAUGACAGCCUCAAUUCCGUGUUAACUUCUAAAACCUUAGCAGGACGUUCUAGCAACACAGAUGUGCCUCCUAUACCGUUGCCUUCACGCCGAGUAGGACGUACCGAUGGCUCUUAUCCCGGCCCGGGUAGGCCACGCAAACCUGGUCACACGGAAGAUGAUUAUUUAGCACCCAUCUCUUUGCUUGGGUCCUCGACAGGCGUUAGCUCCUCUACAGCUAAUACCAGCAUAAUGUCAGAUGUGCCUCCCUUAUUGCCACCACCCACACAAACAUCUUCACGCGCCCGAACUCAAAGGCAACAAUCGCUUAAUCAGCAAAAUAAAGCUCAUGAAAUUUACGAAAAUAAAAGUGAAAUACUUCAGCAGUUGCAACAACAGCAGCAGCAACAACAACAACAGAACAUCAUAGAUCAUCACAAUCCUGCUGCAGCAGCCAUAGUUCCUGAUAUAACACUAACGCAACUUUUAACACUGGGUAUCGAUGAGUUAGCGAUUAAAUUAAAUGUGCCUACAAGCAAACUCUCUACUAUGACUUUAGUAGAAUUGACUUCGUAUCUUUCGGAAUUUCUCGAACAAAAUAAACCCUCAAAAGUGGAAGCCCAUAAAGCGGAAACCUCUCAAGAGGAAACACACCAACACACACCGCCCAUAUUUAAGGUGAACUUCGAUCAAGAGGCAACAUUUGUGGCGAAAUUUGAUGAUACAUUCGGAGAAGAUUUUCAUCAACAGACUUCCAGCGGGGCAGCCAAUACAUUUGAAGCCAAUUUUGCCCAAUUUGAUAGUGUUAGUGUGGAGCCACCUGUACAGGCCAUUAAUCCAAACAGCAAUAUGGUACCUCCAGCCGAUCGUUAUGCUGUUUUUCGUGAAAUUAUCGAUCAAGAACUGCAACAACAACAGGAAAGUGUUGAUCUAAUAGGAGAUGUUAUGGAAGAUGAAAUUCCCCAGGUAACAGAUGAAAAGCAAUUUGAAACGUCCAACUUAACGGUGGACUUAGACAUGAAUGUGACACAUCAACAAGAUCUCUUAAGUGGUGAUAUGUUAGAAGUUACGGGACCUCAACCACCCAAAAUAGAUACGAAAAUUACGGAGGUAUUGGCUCAAGCCAAGGAUCGUUAUGCCGCCUUGCGUGAUUUAAUAUUGGUGGAAAAUCUCUUUGAUAAACCACCGCCGAAACCGCCUUCCAUAAGCGGUGAUAUGGAAGUGGGCGGACAAAGUGAUAGUAACAAAUCACCCUUUCAGGGAUUUAGUGGUUUUAACGAUGACGAAGAAGAUCAAGACUUGCGGCAACUAAUGGACCAAGCUUCAACAUUAGACGUCACUACUCAGCAGCAAAGACUGGGCUUAGUGGACAGUAGAGGCUUUCUAGUAGAACCCUCCUCAUCAGCCAUCACCGUGGAGGAAGAUGAAGAUGACGAGGAAGAGGAAGAAGAACGCCGUAAUAAUACACGCGAAGAGGCGGGUGGCUUAAGCAGUGCCGAUAGCAAUGAAAAGGAACAGGAUAAAGAUACCUUACCCACAACAAAAUACGAACAAUUGGCCAGUUCUAAUCAACAAUUGGAGGAAAUAGAGGAAAAACCCGAAAAAUAUGACGAUAAUCCACAGAUUAGUAUUACCCAAACCCAAAUGCCAACUAGCAAUGAGGGUAAAUAUUUAUCGGUGGUUAGUGUGGCUUCGUCGGGUCUAUCGGGUUCCAAGGAUGAUUUGGAAAUUGAUGAUUUAAUGCAUAGAGCCAUUUCUAAUUUAUCUUUAGACUCCAGAGAUCGCAACUCUCCUGCUAUACAGCCUCAACAACAAAAUACACACUCAACUACGACUACCAUGACGCCACCACAUUUCAAUGAUGUCAGCACUUCACCCAUACCUCUGCAAAGGUCUCCCUUACCAACACUAACUGGCCUACAGAAUAAAUCGCCCAAUAACAAUAAAUCCCCACAACAAGUCUCACCACUACCCUCUCAACUUACAGUGGUUUCACAAAUAAUCGAUGCUGCUACCAAACAAAUACAAAGUGAUGCUGUCUCAAAGACUUCCAAUGACUCUUGGGCCACUUUUGAUACACCACAACAUCAACCAGUUGCUGUAUCGUCCGAUAAACGUGCCAGACCUUCAGCUAAACUUGUUAAUAAAGCCAAUAAUUUCCUUAAUUUACCACCACCUCCCGGUUCCAUUUCGAAUUGUUCACAAAACGAUAGUGCCAUAGAAUCACCUUGCUCUUCGGAUCCUCGAGAAGAGGCUUGGCAUAAACACACCAUGGGUGGUAGUAGUCUAUCGCUGGGACAUCAGGGUGCACCUCUGGGAGGCAGCACUUCAGGUCAACGUCGUUAUCAUAAGAAAGAACGACAAAAUACUUCUUCCUCAUCGCGGGAUCUAAGCUGGGAUGAGGAUCAAGGUAGUAUACCGCCAACUCAUAUAAUGGAUUAUCCUCCAAGUAAACGUUUGUCGGGCCAACUGCAAGGUAGUCUAACGACUGACCGUCAUGGCUAUUACAGACGUCAUGCUAGACGCAUGAAUUCAUGUGAUGAUGAAUAUGAUUAUGAACAAGAUUAUGCCUCUAGCCGCCGGGACAGGGAUCAGUGUAAAUAUAAACAUAGUUUGAGCAGAAGUAGGGAUAAUUUCGAUAUGGAUUCUCCUGGUUGGUAUCAUCAUCAUGGUGGAGGACCUCAGCAUCCUCAUCACACUUGGUCCUCCCAGGAUAUUGAACAGGCACGAGGACGCAACUUUGAACGCUCGGCUUAUGAACGUACCACUUACGGACCUCCUAUUUACGACAAGAGAGGUGUGGGUCCACCUUUACCACCCACCUCCAGUUACGACAGACGUUCGGCUGGUGGUGGUGUCUAUGACAAACGUGGUAAAUAUUAUCGUGGUGACACCAAUCCUCGCUCUACCGAACGCAUUUACAAUCUAGAUGAUUUCGAUGAAAUGUUGGCGGCUUCUGGAAAAAUUCCCGCACAUUUGGCCUCCAUGUAUGAAGAAAUGAAAGCUGAAUGUUGUUCGCCACCCGGACAUCGUCAACGUACAGCCGAUUACAUGUACGAACGUGAUCGCAAGUCAUUCGAUCGUGAAAGUCUUGAAUCAUAUGAAGGCUCUAAUGUCGCUCCACCACGACGACGACGUCGUAGUUAUGAUAGUGGCGGUAUACCCUCUGAUCCUUAUGGCAGUUGUGAUAGUCGUGAUGAAUAUCACGGUCGCGAACGUUGUGUUAUGACCGCUGAUAAGAGUCGUUCUUUGCGCAAAUCUUUGAAAUCUUUACGUGUUACCGGUGAUAUUGAUUAUGAUCAAGAUUCUGAAAAGGAAUACCAUUAUCGUGAUCAGAGAUCACGUUGUGAUACGCGAAGUUUACAAAGACCUAGUCAAUUAACUACUCAGGGCGUUAGUGGUGUUGGGGUGGGAGUAGGAGGAGUUGGUGUUGUAGGCGGCAAUGUAAUGGGUUCUCAGAGUCGCAUACGCAAGAGUAGUGGUUCUUCGCCCUGGGACGGAGAAGAACCUCCUUUGCCAGGACAAAAAACCUCUUCUUGGAAGAGGCCUUCCAGUGCCGCAGAGGCCGAACGUCGCCGAGCAGCUGUUAAAGGACAAACUCCCUCUGGUUCAGAUGAAGACAAAGAUCGCAGGUACCGCAAGAAGAGAACUACACGCAAUAAGGAUUUACCAGCGAUUCCCAGCAGUGCUGCACGUUAUGGCCGCACUGGUAAUUAUGAUUAUAUCUCUUGUGAAGAUCUCGAUGACGAUGCCGAGGAUUAUGUGGACGAAGAAGAAGAGGAGGAGGAUCAUGGCAUUGAACAUGAUGAAAUAUCACCAGCUGAUGAGGACAAAUUUGCACGCCUCGAAAUGCGACGACAUGAAAUGCACAACCGCAUGAUGGAUGCCCAUGUUAGAAGAAGAAAAGAAGUACCAGCAUCACAAACCCAAAUGAGUAACAUGGCUUACCGUAAGCCAGGCAAGGGCGGCUAUAUAAGAAGACCUUUGCCACCACCCAGCGAACCUAAACAUUCUCAAGAUUAUGGCUUUGAUGAUGAUGACGGUGACGAUGGCGAGUAUGAACAGACUCCCACUCCUAGAUCAAAUACAAGUAGUGCUUUACCCACAGCCACACCGAACGCUAGUUCCACCAAAUUUAGUUUUGAUGUAGGUUUUGAAUCUGACUUUAAUCAAUCUUCACCACCACCAGCUCCAGCCGGUACUGCCUCCAGUUGCAAUUCGACACCAGCGGCCAAUGUCAGUGCAGCCAAUACACCGGCUUCAAAGUCUUCAUUUAGAUUCUCCAAUGAUUUCUCUGCUGGCCAAGAAAGAGAAAAACAUUUCCAACAUCCUCCGGCUGGAUCUCUACAGCAAUAUGAUUUAGAAAAUCGUGGCAUAUCGCCACAAACCGCCCACACCCAGACCAGUACACCGAAACUACGUUUCGAUGACAAUGUCAAGGUAUCACAAUUCGAUGAUGCCUUCGAAGAUGAUUUCUCUAAGGCAACGUUUGAUGCUUUCCAAAAUGAUGAUGUACAACAGUGGCAAGAGUCCAUACAGAAAACAACCAAACAACAAAUACGCAAUAAUAAGCUGCAACAACGUCAACAGGAGUUGAUUAAGAAAUCCGAAUCUGUAAAUAUAUUUGCCAAAAAAGUCGAAGAUCCCUUUGAAGAUGAUGAAUUUUUCAAUAGUCCUCCCACAGUAGCCGUUAGCACGUCUACGUCGGCAAAUGAGAAAACAGAAAAUCAUAAAACCAAUGGUAAUAAUGCAGGCUCAACACAAGGCAAAAAUGGUGGCGGAGGAAGUGGUAGUGUAGGUGGCACUUCUGCAGGUUGGGAUGAUGACAAUACAAAUUUUGCCAAAUUUGAUGAAAACAUGUGA